CACAUGCACUCUUACCAUCCUUAACACAAACCCGCCAAAUUCUGAAGCUAAGUCUGUCGAUAUGUUGAUGGUGUUUUGUUAUUGCUAUCUGCUUCUGACCGUAAAUUGCUUCACGAAAUGACGAUGUGGAGCGACGUUGAACUUCUGACCAACGAGGAUACAAACACAGUUCGCUUUGACAGUGUGUCAAAGGAGGAAAAUGGGAGCAGUUUGUACCAGGUGGAUACACUGGUCAAAAUAUCCGCUGUCAAUCAGGUGCAGGCAGAUCCCCGCAUCUUCUCCUGCAGCGGUUCUAACUGGAGUAUUGUUGUUGUUGACAAGACAGUGAUCCUCUUUGAUCAAUUCUAUCAGACAAUCCUACUGCUUCUCCACUUUGAGUCUGAUGUGGAUGCAAUAGAUGUCUGCCUGGAUGGACAAUUUAUGUUGGUGUGUGAAAGAAAUGGAAACCUUCAUUUGAUCUAUGUUCCGCACAAAAAAAUCUUCCUCACCAGGGCUUUGGUUGAGAAACCAUCCAGCGAUGAUAAGAAAACCUACCGCUAUCUCAUCAUAGAUGAGUACCAGUCAUCCUCAGGGAUGUACCAUGUGUUCCUUCUCCUAAAGGAUGGAUUUUUCCACAUUACAAACCUGGCUUUGACAAAAAUCGAGACAGCGAUUGAACAAAUGGAUGUGGGAGCUUUGAAAGAGCUCCAGAGUCUCAUCAAGAUAGACUUUUGCUCUACAAAGGAUUACCAUGACGAGGCUUGCAGCACAGCAGUGAUGUUCAAUCUGGGCCAUGAAGUUCACCUAAUCAUUGGGGGUGAUAAAGAAAAUGCUGUGACUCACUGGAAAAUGGAUUCACUUCAAGGAAAGAUGCACUUCUUUCAUUCAAUAAGUAACAGCUUAAUACCAGGUGUGAGGAAGAUGGUGGUUUUGGAAAAUCUCUUGUACAUUCUUGACACUGAGGAUGUUCUAAGUCUUUGGGACCUGCAUUUUCUUGUCUUGAUUCACUGCUGGCCAGAUCUUGCCAUUCAUGACUUUGAACUAACCACAGAGUGUAGCUCUGCCUCAAUGGUGGCCCAAGACAAGGGCAGCAUGAAGAUGAUUAUGCUGACAAAGCAAAACAACAGUCAGAUCAGCUCAUUGCAAAUAAGAUGUCUGCCCUCGAUGACCGUUUGCUACUCUCUUGAUGUCUCCUCAGUGUCCUGUCUUGUACAGUUGAAAACAAACAUGGAUACAAUAUAUUUGGUUGAGGGGAUUUGUGAGAACCCAGAAAGUCGUGGAGAGCCCAUAGCUUCUGUUGUUGUCAGAUGCUUCACAGAGGCUUUACCUGAAAACAGACUUAGCAGACUUCUUUACAAACACAUGUUUGAAGAGGCUGAAAAGUUUGCCAUCACAUUUGAGCUGGACUUAGAACUUGUGUACAAAGUGAAGCUCGACGUUGUGCUGGAGCAGCUGGCCUCUGCGUCCGUGGGUGGCUAUGGACAGGAUGUGCUGUCUGAACUUGUAGAUGAAGCCAAGGCUAACCUCAUGAAGAUCACAGACGAGCAAUAUGUGGAGGAAUAUUGCCUCAAGGCUCCGUGGCCAACCUUGGAGACGGCAGAGAAGAUGCUAAACCAUACUGCCACACGAUACCCCUCCUUACAGAUUCAAGAGGCCUUGAGCAGGCUGGCAACAUUCUGCAGCUUGCAUGGCUUAGAAAAUUUCAAUGGAAUUGCCUGGAUUGAGUUUCUGAACAGCACUGACAAUCUCGGAGACGUUCUAACCCAUCUCAGAGAGGGAGACUUGAAGGGUGCCCAACUCCUUUGGCUCAGAUAUGAGGGACAGAUUGCUGCAGAUUUUGAUGAGAACAGUCUCGAAGCAGUUAUCAGUACCAUCCCAGAAGAUAUGCCAUCCCAAGACCUCUGUCCUUGGCUUAGGACAGUUUUUGUUCCUUUUGUGAGAAGAGUGCUCCCAAGAGGACAGAGAAUCUUGGCUAAAUGGCUCGAGCAGAAGGCAAGGAAUUUGGAGCUUACUGAAAAGGAUUCCUGGCCUCAGAAUGGGCUGGACUUGGCAGUUCUUGGCCUCCCCUCAUUAUGGACCUGGAUGAAAUCUGUGGAUAAUAAUGACGGUGCAGAGGAGAUGGAGAACCUCAAGUCUCUGGUGGCCAACCUCCGUCAACUAUUGGACCUCGACCAGAAAUACAAAUGUAGACUUUCACUGUCAGUCUUAGAGAAGGGAAGUGUGUGGAGUAUAGCAUUCUUUAUGCUGGAUAAAGCUCCUGCUCCUGAACUGAUUGCCACCACAGUGGAAAACUGCAUCCUGCCAUAUGCUGAAGAGCACAACAUUCCUCUUGAUGAGUUACUGCUACAGUACAUGAAGGAUCUACUGGAACGCUGCAGUUCUCAAACCACAACACUUUUCACGGAAUGGGAAGCCAAAGCAGUGGCUGUACUUGGCUGCAUGUCUGACACUGACCUGAUGGUGGAUGCUGUGCUGGAGAUCAUGCAGAAAGCUGUGGUACCCUGGAGUAAUGUGGUGGAAAACCUUGUGCAGCAGUAUUUAGAGAUGGAUGGGCCAAAACAAGAGCUUUUGAAGGAGAGCUACCGUCUGAUGGAGAUUAGGAAACUUCUUAGAGGCUAUGGCAUUCGCAGCUUUAACCUCUCCAACAGCACUCAAGUGAUGACACUGAUAAGAUACAUUCUGAAGCAAGACUUGCCAAUGUCUUUGGAGGACUCUCUGACAUUAGCUGAGGCAUAUAAACUACCCAUAUCUCACAUAAAUUACCUCUAUCUCAUCCAGCUGAUAGGCCAGGGCAAGACUGAGGAGACUUUAACUGUCCUGAAAAGGCUAUCAUCUGCAGAGGUAGUGUGUGUGAUUGAGCGCCUCACAUCGUGGGCUCGACUGCAGCUGGAGGACAAAAACCAUAUAUCUGAGGAGCACAAGAAACAGCAGAUGGUCAUAGCUCAGGUGAUGGUGGAGGCACUUAAAUACCUGCAUAUAAUCCAAAAACACAAUGCUCUUAAAUGUAUGGAGUGUGAGAAUGACCUCGUCAUGUUUAAGGCAAUUGCCCACCUACAGGAGGACUUUGAUGUUUUCUUCACCCCCUCAAACUAUGAGGAUCCCGACAUCCGAAAAGAGAUCCAGGAGCGUCACAUCACAGCGUACGAAAACACUCGGGCCCAUCGCUCAUCAAAAGGCAAGGCUUUGAUAGCUCCAGUUGUGGCUAAUGAUCCAGAUGGGAAGAUCAGGACCAUCUCCACCGAAGCUGGUUUACGUCGGCUUGGAAGGCAGCUGCAGCGCACCGAACAGGAGCUCUGGUCUGACCUGGGCUUGCGAGCUCUUAGAGUGGGGAAGGUGGAUAAAGCCCUCAAGAUCUUCAGCGAGCUGUAUGAGCAUCACAACAACAGCAGCACAGGGAAGGUUUUGUUCACUGCUGCCAAGACGUUAUGCCAGAUGCUGGAGGGAGACGUACCCAUGGUGCUUCCUGAAGACAUGGACCUACCAGCAGUCAUCCACAAUCUGGCCUGUCAGGCUAUUACUGUGUGUCACUCAGACUUGCUCCUGGAUUGCCUGGAACUUUGCAAGUGCACACGGGUAGCUAUGGAUGUUUAUCAUCAGUGUCAGUUAUCAGAUAACUAUGGCUUCAUAGCCAAGGAUUUGACUUUGGAGGCAGAAAAAGACCCCUACUCUCAGUGGAGCUUUCAAGAUGUUUUUAAUGAGGAUUGCAUAGUGUUAGAUCCAGUGUCUGUGCUCCCCGUGCAGUAUGAAAUUACCAACUGCAUGCUGCCUACUUCUCAGGAUACCAAACUCUACCCACUGGACUGUUCCUGUCUGUCAUACUGCUCGUUUGAAGAUGGUCUUUAUGCAGGUUCAAACUACUUGCAGACUCUCCUUGGUCCCCUUGCUAAUAUGUUGCAAAUGUUACAAGAGUGCAGUCAGCUAGAGCUGGCGCUCAGAGUUCUGGUCAACUCUUAUGGCAGCUGCCUGCAACAUGUCACUUCAAAUGUUAUGGACAUAAAGCUAAGUAUGCAGCUUUAUGAUGCACACGAGCUUAAGAAGUACAAUGUAUGCUUAAAUGAUCUUCACAAGACAACAACAUCCUCUCUGAAUGCUGUGGCUGUGGCCCUUUUGAACAAGGUGUUCAACUGGAGAGUGGUUGACUGUGAUUUGGCUAUUGGACUCAGUACACUCCUCUCCAAAGCAGAAAUCCUCAAAAUACUGUGGAAAGUUAUCGACAACACUUGGCAAAACUAUGACAAAAUUUUGGCUGUCGCGAAGAUUGGCGCCAAUCUCUGCUGCUUGUAUGAUGAGCCAGAGGAACAAAAGAAGUUUCUCUCUGUCAUCACUGAUGCCGAGUGGGGCAUCAAGCUUGGCAAAUUGGGGAUAUCUAUCCAGCCAGUGUUCCGGCAGCAACCCGAGAUGAAAAGUAGCCUGAUCCCUGUUUUAGUGAAGAACAGGAGAAUAACCCCAGACAUCAUCCUCCAGUACAUCAGUACCUUUGGUCUAGACCGUGAUCUUGUGAUCAACCAGUACAUUACCACCUUACUGCUGCUCCACGACGACGAGGACAGUGGAGAUUCCUUUGGCUUAGACCUGGAAGAGGUGCAGCCUUUAUGUCCUGCCGCCACACUGGAACGAGUCCUGCAGAUAAUUCCAAUGUUACACAGCACCAGUGAGCUCACUGACAGUCUCUGUGCGGUCCUGUUCAAGCUCAGCCCUUACAACUACGAGAGAAUAGAAACUGUGCUGAAGAUCAUACAGGCUGCAGAUGAGAAUGUGACCACCUUAUCUAUUAGUCAGGCAAUGGGUCUCCUUCAGCAUCUGAAGUCCUACAAGAGGAUUUCUCCUCCCUCAGAUGUGGAGAACACAUAUCUUCUUGAAAACGGAGUGCUUCCAAGCUCCCUGUCCAACAACAGGCUUCCCUUCCACCUUCUCAUGCAGACCAAACAUUACUGGAAAAUUAUCUCCCCUGAACUGAGUGAGGAGACCUUCCCCACGCUACUUCUGAUUAGCAAACUGAUGAAGAUGAGCCUUGACAAAUUAUACAUGUCUGCAGCAUACCAUACGUUUGAGAAAAAGAUGAAACCCUUACUCUUGGAGAAAAGAAAAAAGGGUCAAAGUCAUACCUACAAUAAGGAGACUUUUAAGGUGGCCAAGACCAUGAUGAAGUACAUCCAGUCCAUUCAAAGUCCGGAGUGGGCUGCUGCUACAGCUCACAAGAUAACCCAGGAGCUUCCUGCAGGUUACGAGAAAACACAGUCACUUAGGUUCUGUUUGGCCCUUGGGGACACUUGGCUUAAAGAUCCCAACCUAGAGGAGGCUGCACGAGCCCGAGGGGAGACAUUUCUGUCCAAGCUGAAGCUGCAGUUUCAGCGUACUGCUACAGAGAAUAUGCUGAUAACCAGUCAGCUGAGCAGCCCGGAGCACCUGAAACUGACCGGACUACCAGGCAAGCUCAUUGUGGCUCUGUACGAGCACAGCAGUAUGGAGCAGCGUUACAAAGAGUCAGGAGGGCAAACUUAUCCUGACAUUCACGCUGCUGUGAAAGAAAUUGCAACAAUCAACAAUGUGGAUCUUGUGAAAGUCCACAACAUGUUGUUAGAAAAAUGGAUCUGCAAAACGGGCCCAGCUGUGGCCAAGGAAAUAGGAAAUCAAGAAAAUGUCAGCAACAUUGAGGAUGAUCCGGAUUUAAUGAGAGUGGUGUACAUGCUGCAGUCCUACCCCAUGAAAGAUGCUGUCCGUCUACUGAGUCCCAUCCUGUCAGCCGAAACCUGGCCCUUUCGCACAUCAGGACCCCGUCUGACCUUCUGCCAUCGGACUCGAGCCCUUCUUUGUCUUGUCCGUCUCACUGAUGCAGCAACACUGGAGGCCCAGUUUCAGAUCCCACGGACCAAACUUCUAUAUUACCUGAAGUCCUACAUAUUUGUUUCACAACUGGAGGCAUUGAACAUCCCCUACACAGUACAGUCCUUCCUCAAUAGUCCCAAAGAGGGCUUAGUUAAAGGGCUGUGGAAGAAUCACAGUCAUGAGCCACAGGCUGUGCGUCUGGUGGCAGACUUGUGCCUGGAGUACCAGGUUUAUGACCUUCAGCUGUGGAACAGUCUACUUCAGAAGCUGCUAGGCUUCAAUUUGAUUAGCCACCUUCAAAAAGUGCUAGAAGCAAUAGCGGCUAUACCGACUUUGUGGGAGAUUUCAAGUUUCUCCAGGACUUGGAAGAGUAUGAUUUUGGCACCUUUUGUCUCAGCUUCAGUUCCUCUGAGCCCAGAUCAACAAGCAACACUCUACAGGACCUUUGUUCUCUUGCUCAAGUGCCCGUUCCUGUUGAAUCUGGAUUUGAUAGGAAUUGCCAACCGCUUUGCUCAGUUCAAUCUAUCUGCCUUUGCCCUUGGAACCCUGCUUCUCAUCCCCUGUGCCAGUAAAAAGGAGCAGCAGAUUCAAGGCUUUCUCUCUGUAUGCAACCCGGUUGCUGUCCUUGAGCAGGUGGAAGAACUCAUGAACACCGGAGAACUGGCUGGAAUACCUUCACAGAUUAGAGAGACAGUGUUGACGUUCAUCAGCCAGAAUGGACAGUACCAGAAACUGAUGAAGACCAAACACUUCAACCAUCUGAAGCAGUUCAUCAUGUCACGAGGCCACCCUAACCAGGUGAAGGAGUUGGCAGAUUACCUCACCACCCAGAACUGUCAGGAUGACGCUAACUUGCUUACUCGAGAGCACCUGAAGCGCAGCAUCAACGAAGGAAAACACUAACCUUCACAGGAACACUUGAAGGAGGUUCGUAACAUGCACGAUGGAGUACUGGGAUGAAGAAGUACAUUUCUUCUGUUGUAUGUUGACAGUUUCUCAGCCUGCCUUGUGCUAAGAUGCUAUACUUGCACAUCACAUGUAAAUAUCUUUUUUUGCUCAUGUAAUAUUUGAUUAAAUUGUUUUCUUAUUUUAAAAAGAAUUGUUAAGAAAUCAUUCAAAUCCUUACUUCCUUACAGCUUGUUAAUUUUUAUGUUAUUUCUGGGAAACUGAUUCAUUUAGACCAGAAGAACUGCAGAUUGUUGUCUGUUCAAAUGUAUUUUAAAAAAACACCACCCCGGUCGCAGCUCUGAGGUUUAGUUGCUUUACUUUAGGGAGUUUUUUUUUUUUUUUUUUUUUUUUUUACUAUAAUCUCGUGACUAAAUAGCUUCUGUUUUCUCAGUCAUUUAAAUACCUACAUAGACGUCUGCGUCUACAAUGAUACCCUUCUGAGAAUUGCAGACAGCAGCAUAUGGGUUGCUAAUUACAACUCUUUCUGUGUCAUCCCCAAUUUAAAAUCACUAAAGUUUUAGCUUCACAUUUACUAGAAGGACAAUCAGAGAAAGUCUGGAGGUGUAAAAAUGGGUCAUGUCAGACUUUUUGAGUGAAUUUUUUUGCGAGGAAAAAAUAUCAAAAGAAGAUAUUUGUGAAGUAAUGUACCACACUUAAGAGCCAUCACACCUCAAAAACAUGGAGCCUGCAUGGUUUGGAUUAGGGGGAGCUAGGAAACACCAACGAAUGAUCAGAGGUGAUUAAAGAAUAGUACACCUUCAGGUGGUAUUUAAUCAUAUUUUCCAUUGUCUUCCUGUUUUGUUUGAUUGUUUUUCUUGAAUUAGAAGGCAUUAAUUUGUCAACGUUGUGAGUCAAUUAAAUUAAUUCAUUAAAUAAUCCAAACUACAUAGGUGGUCCAUUCCAUAUCUUUCAGCACUGGGGACAGCAGCAUUGUUGUGUGCUGUGAGCCUCACGAACAGCAACCACUCCAUUCUCCUGCUUUCUGUGGUAUUUUAAGAAGUUUUGUUUAAAUAUGAGAUGUGAUCAAAUCAGCUGCAUUCAGUAAGAGCAAAAAAUGUUUUGCCAGUAACCCGGUUUUUGACCGCGCUGCUAUGCACUAAUAUAUAUGCACGUGCAAGUGGCUUGCAAACUUGUGGUUCAUGACUAAUAAGGCUCCCCCAAAAACCCCUGUGAAUUCAAGCCCUGGGAGUCUUUUAUAGAUAGGAAAUAGUGUAAGCCACAUGAUCUAUGUGAGUUGCAAUAACUUCAUUUCCUUAAUUGAAGUUGAGAUGUGACAAACAAUCUGAUACUACAUAUUUUAAUCAAUUUUUUUGGAGGGCGGGGGGUUGCUCAACUUCCUCUGUAAAGAACUUCCAUGUGUUUCUUGUUA